UGCGCAGGCGCUCCGCGUAGAGGCCUGCCGGAAGCAAAGAUGGCGCAUAGGUUCGUUGUGGGCCGCAGUUGGCGCCUUUUCAGGGUCUGAGUUGGUGUUUCUUAAGGGGCUGUGGCCAUACGCCCCCUCCGCCGCCAUGGCCCGGCAUCGAAAUGUCCGAGGCUAUAACUACGAUGAAGAUUUUGAAGAUGAUGAUCUUUAUGGCCAGUCUGUAGAGGAUGAUUAUUGUAUUUCACCAUCUACAGCUGCUCAAUUUAUUUAUUCACGACGUGACAAUCCUUCCGUUGUUGAGCCAGUAGAAGAAUAUGAUUAUGAAGUACUGAAGGAAUCCUCUAAUUCUUUUUUGAACCAGCAGCUAAGUGGAGUUGACCAAGCUCGUCUUUAUUCAUGCCUUGAUCACCUGAGAGAGAUACUUGGAGAUGCUGUGCCAGAUGAAAUAUUAAUUGAAGCAGUUCUGAAAAACAAGUUUGAUGUGCAGAAGGCUCUGGCAGUGGUUCUGGAGCAAGAUAAAAUACAGAACUUGAAGGUCAAGAAUGAGUUGGCAGUAUCUGCAGGAAAGAUAGCAAAAGGAGUUUUAUGUUCUUCUGAAGUUUCAGCUGAUAACGUUCAAAGCUAUUGUCCUUCAUCAGCAAACCAUUUGGAUUGCAGUGGCACCCCCUUUGAUAUUUCUGGCCCAGUAGCAAAAUAUGGAUUAUAUCAUAACUGUUCAGUCAUACCAAGUCACUGUUUACUGCAUGAAAAAAAGAAACUUGACAGACCUAAAAGUGAAAAGAAACAAGAAUCAUGUAAGUUAACACAAGAGCUGUCACUAGCUGACCUGAUUAAUAAUAUGCCAAGAAAUUCAUUUUAUGAAUCCUGUAAAAGUCAGCCAUUAGUCAGAUUAUCACCCCCUCACAGUCUGGAAGGCCACAUUUCAAAGAGUCUAGGUGCUGAUUUGUUAAAACUUCGUCCAUCUGAAUGUGUUUCCAAGGAUAAUUCUGAGUUCAAAGGGAUACCAGAUUUAAAAUCCUUAAUGAAAAAGAACCCACCUACUAACUCUUUAUGUAUUCAAAAUAAGGCACUGCCUGAAUUCCAAAAAAUUCCAGUACAGAACCGUUCAGGAAGUUUAAAUAAUCCUCCGCACUUAACUAGCUCAUUGGAAAACAUGACUCUUGAUAAUUUAAAUGCUGGUAAAAAGACUGAAUUUGGAAAUACUUCUUUAGUUGAACAAAGUACCAAGAAUUACAUUUUUAAAAAUGACAAUUUGCAGUUGUCCCAAUGUGAAAGGCCAUCCCUAGCUGAACUGUUUCAGGAACACAAAGAAAACAAUCCAAGUCACUGCUUUACUUUGUCUCAUCCUUGUAACCAGCCAUCUGCCAGUUUCGCAGAUCUAAGUUUGGGGUCCUUUCCCCUGUCACAACUAGUAAAUCGGUGUCAGUCUUCAACUGGAAUCUCAGAAUUAACAGGAUCUCUGUCAUCUUUGGCAUUUUGUAAAGCUUCUCCCACAAGAGACCUUGAGAAUUUGUCACUUUCUGACUUGAUUGCAGAAACGAUUGAGGUAGACAAAUCUCAGAUUAAAAAAGAUUCAUUUAACCCCAGUUUAUCUGGAAUGAGUUCUCCUGGAAUAGAUUCAAAUAUUGAUCUGAGUGUUCUUAUACAAAACCCAGAGUUUGUUCCAAAACGUGUUGUAGACCAAUCAGUUGCACCAAUACCAGGAACUAAAGUUCUAAGUUCAAAGUUAGGAAAACAUUCCACUUCCACUAAAGACAAUAAGAAAAACAAUAAAGUCUGUCUGACUAGGAAACCACCUGUUUCUUUCUCUUGGACCAAGGCCCUUGCUGCUAGACCUUCAGCUUUUGCUUCAACACUGUGUCUUCGUUACCCACCGAAAAGCUGCAAGCGACGCACCUUUGACCUUUAUAAGACUUUUCUUUAUAGUAGACAAGUUCAAGAUAUAAAGGACAAAGAAAUAAGUCCUCUUAUAGCUAUAACACCGUUUGACUUCAAAUCAGCAUCUCCUGAUGACAUUGUAAAAGCUAAUCAAAAGAAGGCUUUUACUAGAGAAUAGUAACAAAAGGAAAACUUACCAGUUGUAGAGCUUUUUAUUUUAAAUCAGUUCAAAGUCUUUAUUAGGAUCUCUUUAUAUUAUGGGGUUUGAGUUGUGAUUUUUAUAUUAAAAUUGUCUUAAGUGAGUUGAUAACUUCUAGUUGAUAUGUAUUUUUGCACUGAAAUUUUAAAAAUAUAUCUUUUUGUGAUAACUGGCUUUAUUAAAUUGAUAGCUUACAAUGGGUGUCUGUUUACAAAGUAUGGAGACGAUAUUGUAAAAUCAGAGCUCAAAUAUUUUUGCUUGAAAUACUCAACUUUAUACAUUUUUAUGAUGAGAAAUUUUCUUUUAUCAAUUUUUUUGUUUUGUUCUCAAAGCAAAACAAAAUUUUAUCAUAAUUUAAACUUUUCCUUUACAGUAAGAAACGGAACGUGGGGUUUUCUUUUUUGCUGCUGACAGCUAGCUGUGUGCUCCACAAUCACAAACUUGGAAUUGUGUUUCAGUGAUGAGGAGUCUCCUUAUGAUACAUGGCAUAGCAUGGUUAAGACAUAAUUAUAUUUAAAAGUAUUAUUGGUAUCAUUCCCAGUUUCAUUAUUUUUUUGUAGAUGAAUACUAACAUUUUUAUAUUAGAAAUUCUUAAAAUUCCUGAUUUUUAAGAAUACUUUGGGGAGUUUUUGAAAUGUAUUUUUCAUGAUAAUAAAAUGAAAAUCCUUUAAGGGACUAUGUAAAUAUUGAAGUUGGAUUAAUACGUAAUUAAUUUUUAUACAUUUUUAAAACCAUUUGUCCUAAAUGCACACAUUAAAAUAAAUAUAUAGGCAAUGUUUUCAUGCAGGGUUGCAUGUUCUUUUUUAGCUUUUCUUUAAACUUUUAAUUUUGAAAUAAUUUCAAAUUUACAGGACAGUUGCAAAAAUAAUACAAAACCCAUACAGAGAACUCUAACAAAAAACCCCCGUGAGACCCAUAUCCACCAGUAUUAACAUUUUGUCACAUUACCCAUUGUUCUAUGUAUCCAUCUAUCUAAUCUCUCCAUCUAUCCAUCACCUAUCUAUCCAUUAUCUAUCUGUCUUUCUAUGUUUGCACAUUCUUUGAAUGGUCAAUUUUAUCAUAAUUCAAACUUUUCCUUUACAAUAGGGAAUGGAAUGUGGGGUUUUCUUUUUUGCUACUGACAGCUAGCUGUGUGCUCCACAAUCACAAAGUUUCAGCAGUGGCAGACUCUUCUGUAAGAACUCUUGUAGGCAAUAGAACAAAUAAGGUUUGCCUCCCCUAAAGGAGUGGUCCUCAACUGGCCAUAAGAACCACAGGGGGAAUCCAGACAGUCUGAAUCAAUGAUUGAAUCAUGCGACUUGGGAAUUCUGGUGGCACCAAACAAAAUGCUCCCCAGAUGAUUCUGCUUUAUAGUUCUACUUGAGAACCACUGCCUGGAAAAAAAAAAAAAAAAAAAAAACAGAGUGCAAGAAAUAUUAAUGCUAA